AUGAGUUCUUUUUUAAUGAAUCCAUCGUCUGCUUACACCCACCAUUCGGUGGUUGUUGAUCCGAAAUUUCCACCGACAGAGGAAUACAGUCAAAAUAAUUAUAUAUCGUCUCCAGUAACUGGACCCGAUUAUUUUGGAAAUCAUCAACAGUACGGGGUUUCGGGAUACGGAGGAUACGAACCGCCCAACACUCAACAGGCACCUCCCACGGUACAAACCGGAGGAAUGCAAGGACUUAUUCCUAUUCCGCAACAACCGAACGUUAUAAAAAACGAAAUUCAACUUUUACAAUCGAAAAAUGAUGUUGAAAAAUGUGAAAUGAGUGCGUAUAAUAAUUCUGCUCAGUAUAAUAAUGUUAAAAGUGAUACCUCCUCGAACAACAUACAAACGGAAGUGUCGUUGAAUCAUAGUUUACCAAAUGUUAAAGUUGAUGUACAAAGUGCGGAAUCUCCGACGUUACGACGAAAUAAUGAGGAUGACACGAGGUCUUCUCCCGUGGGACGUCACAUUACACAGGAACCAUUAUCUAGAAAUUCACCGUCCAGAAAAAAUUCACCUCUUCAAAGGCAUGCAAUGAGGGGGUGGGACGAGGAGGAGGAAAGCGGGGAAAGGGGUGUUGUCGUUAAAUUGUUUCGCCCACGACAUGAUAGUUUUAAAAAUUGA